AUGGGUGCUAGAUGCUUCACUGUGCUAUUUCUGCUAAUAAUUCAUAUUAUCCCAGUCUUUGUACAAGCAGUAGCUGAUGGUCUUUCCUGCCAAGAGCACCAGCAGGCCUUUGAGAACUCCUGCUAUGAGUUUGUGUCCCUGCAGCACAGUUUUCUCAGUGCUCAGAGUUGGUGUGAGCGGGGCGGUGGGCACCUGGCCUUCAUCCAGAAUGACGAGACCCAGCAGUUGCUCCAAAAACACCUGCAGCCUGAGCAGAACUGGUGGAUAGGACUAGCUCCAGCCUUCGACGAUCUCACACUGGACUUGCAGGGUGGCCUCAGCUGGCUGGAUGGUUCAGAUGUAAUGUACUCAAACUGGCUCAGUGAGUCCAUUUUGAAUACUGACUGUGGCUACAUUGACACCGACUCGGGAUUUCACUGGAAGACAAGUAACUGUAGCAAAGAAUUCUACUUCAUUUGCGAAUUUGAACUGGGGCAUUCUGUAUCCUGUAUGAAUCACAACCCUAUCUUGCAGUGUGGCUCAGAUCAAGUAAUAGAGAUAGAUGAGAGCAUCUAUGGCAGGAAAACACCACACUACUGCAGGAACAGCAUGCCAGCCUCUCUCACAGCUUCACAGGAGCAGUGCAGCUGGGUCAAUGUGCUGGAUUUAGUCGCAGAGCAAUGCAAUGGACGACAACUCUGCCUGGCUGUGACAGAUACGUCAUAUUUUGGAGAGCCAUGUCCUGGACUGGGAAGUUACCUGUUGGUGGAAUACCAUUGCAAAGACAAAGCCUCUGGUGUGAUUGUGAAAAGAAGUAAUCCUCAGGACCCUUUACCAGUGGAGUGGAAAUGCGUUCCUAUAUCACCGAACCCCAUCCAAGUGGAAACUAUUUGCCAUAAUUGUAAGACAGAGGCUAUUGGUGUGCAAAUUCUAUUGAAGGACAAAAACAAUUGUACAAAACUUGACUGGUAUUUGGAAGACAAAAGUAAUACAGGAAGUUCGAUCACAUGCCCAGCUGAUCAUAUAAAGCUGAAACUACAGAAACACAAUAGCAAACAGUUGUCAAUUAAAACUGCAGAGCUUAGACCUUUCCAGCAGGACUUCAUCUUGCAGGCAAUUUGCUAUCAAUUAUCAGGCAUAAUUGAUAACAUUUCUGAGAUCUACACCAUUCCAUUUUCCUUGCUAAACCGCACUACCAAUCCGCUCGUGUCCAGAGUUUCAGACCAGUUGUUUGAGAUGACAGAAACAAAUUUAACACAAGAGAUGCGAGAAAAACUGCUUUCAAAUAUAUGUGCAGCUUUCAACGAUUCUAACCCAAUCCAGCAAUCCAUAGAACUUCAGAUGGUUGCUAAUGCUUUGAAGAACAUUGUUGAAGUGGAUGAUGAACUGAAUACUAAUGCUCAGGUGCAAGCCGGUUGCAUCCUAGUACAUAUCAGUAACUCCCUCAAUUUGGAUGAUAUGAUUCAGUAUAACAUUUCUGAGCUAAUGGACGCAGCCACACUCAUUAUUCAGAGCUCUAGCCACAUUCUUGCUGCGUUUCAGCGGACAAAAGAGGAAGAAAUUGCAGAUUAUUUGUUCAGCACUGUGGAGUAUGUGCAAAAAUUCUUGCUAAUUAAUAAAGAGCCAGAUGAGGAGCCAGUCAUUAUAAACUCCACUUAUAUCAGUGUUUCUGCCCAGAGAGUAUCUCCAGGUAACAUCCAUGCACAGUCCUUUAACAUCCUGAAUGUGAGUUCAUCCACCUUCAGUCUUCCAAUUCUGGGACCUAAUGUGCUGUCUGUGAACGAGCCAGUGGAUGUGAGACAAUCCAAUUUUUAUAUUAACCCAUGGAUUGAAGAGGACAAUGUUAAUAGUGUCUUAACAGGAUUUUCCCUUGCCAGAAAUGGCUCGGUCAUACCAGUGGCAGACCUCACUGAGGAGAUAGAGAUCUUCAUACCAAGGCUGGAUAAAGGAGUAAACAGCACAGUUCUCGAUCUGAGUAACUACAGCACAAUGGUCAUCAGUGUGGCAACUCCCAACAUAAAUAUGGUUUUUAAGUUAGACCCCACUGAAGAUUUAAAUCUACUGGUAUUACUAGGUUAUCAGGACUAUCCUACUACUGAAAACUAUGCAGCUAAAGUUAUACUUCCUCAAGCAGGGAAUACACAAGAGGAAAGGUACACAUGGAUAGUGAGCCCCAGAGAAACAGCAUUAAACCCAGGCGUUUACUACCUUCUGAUAAGGCCUAUUGUUGCUGCCGGUGUGAAGUCUGUAAAUGCCUCCGUAACGAUUACAUCCAUUGCCGCUCGGUGCACUUUCAGGGCAGAGACCUCUGCAUCCAACUGGAGCGACAGUGGCUGUAGGGUUGGCCCUAAGACGACCGAAGAUUUUACUCAUUGCCUGUGUACACAUCUAACUGUUUUUGGGAGCAGUUUCUUUGUCAUGCCCAAUACGGUAGAUCCGUCUCAGUCUGCUCAGCUUUUUGCCAACUUUGCGAACAACCCAGUGGUAGUGUGCUUUAUAGGAGCAAUCUUCUUAGCGUAUAUCCUGACAGCAAUAUGGGCACGAAGGAAGGACCUACAAGACAAAGCCAAGGUCAAGGUUACAGUUCUAGAGGACAAUGAUCCCUUUGCAGAGUACCGUUACUUGCUGAAGAUCAGCACUGGGCAUCGCAUUGGAUCAUCCACCUCAUCACAGGUGAUAGUGACUCUUCAAGGUACAGAGGGAGGGAGUGCACCCCAUCAUUUGAAUGACCCUGAAAAGCCAGUUUUUGAAAGGGGGGGAGUUGACUUGUUCUUGCUGACCACACCCUACUCACUGGGAGAGCUGCAGAGCAUUAGACUGUGGCAUGACAACUCAGGGGAUCAUCCUGCUUGGUAUGUAAACACAGUAAUGGUACAAGACCUGCAGACUGAUCAGAAGUGGCACUUCCUGUGCAGUUCAUGGCUGGCUGUUGAUAUAGAAGAGUGCACCGUUGAUAAAGUGUUUCCUGUAGCAACAGAGAUGGACCUGAAAGGCUUUAGCAACGUAUUCUUCAUGAAAACAACUACAGAUUUCUGUGAUGGACACAUCUGGUACUCUGUGGUCAGUCGACCCCCCAGCAGUAAUUUCACCCGAGUGCAGCGUGUCUCCUGCUGUUUCUCAAUACUGCUCUGCUCCAUGUUGACCAGUAUCAUGUUCUAUGGGAUUCCCACAGACCCCUCAGAGCAGACCAUGGACCUGGGUCAGAUCCAGAUCACCUGGAGUCAGGUGAUAAUUGGGAUCCAGAGUUCCAUUAUUGUGUUUCCGGUCAACCUGCUAAUUGUGGGUAUCUUCAGAUACGCACUCCCUCGAAAGAAGAAAACAAAACAAAAGAAAAAUAAGAUGCCUGAACCUCUUCAAAUGGAAAAAGACUUUGAACAGAACAAUGUAACAAUACAUUUCCUCAUCAAAGACAUACAGAGAAUCACAUACUUGUUUGCAAAUGCCAUGAGAUGCUCUGUCCCCAAAAAAGUGAUACACUGUGAAAAUGCAGACAUCAUCACUUUACUGUCUGAGCUGCAGAACCUCAUCGAAGAACAGCACUUCAUGCACAAAAACGAAGCCUCUUCUGUAUUCUGGACCUACAUCCAUCAUCUCUACAAACAACUGGAAAAUUUGGCGGGAGAAGUAAAGCUGCUGGGGCCUUCAGGCUUUUCUAGGCCUGGGUGCUACAGCCAGGUUUUACUGCAGGUCCAGAGCAUUAAGAAGCUGCUGGAAAGUAAUUUUUCCUCCAGACCUAUUAAUGAGCUGCGUACUGGCAGCUCAAACCCCAAAAAAGACAGAAAGAGAGGUCUUCCCUGGUGGUUUGUGUAUGUGGGUUGGCUUCUUGUUUUAACCACAAGUGUGGUGUCAGGGUAUUUUACCAUGUUGUAUGGGCUAAAAUAUGGGAAGGAUCGUUCCAUCAGCUGGAUUAUCUCCAUUGCAAUGUCCUUCACUGAGAGUCUCUUCUUCACCCAGCCUGUAAAAGUAAUUUGUUUUGCAAUAUUCUUUGCACUGCUGGUGAAAAAAGUCAAUUAUGAUGAUGCAGAGCUUGUGGAAAAGAUAUGUAAGAAAACAACCACUAGCACAGAUGCUCUCGAUGGAGUCCGACUUGCUAAGAGGGAUUGUGCACACCGCUACUAUCAGCCCCCACCUUCCACUGACCUUGAGAAGAUGAGGAAUAACAUGGUUAAACAACAGAAAGCGAGGGCACUCAUCAUGGAGAUCCUAGUUUUUCUGGGGUUCUUGUGGAUGCUGCUCUUAGUUGCAUAUGGUCAACGAGAUCCAAAUGCGUACUACUUCACUCAGCACAUCCAGCAGAGCUUCAGCAACGGGAUAGGAGAGAGUAUGAGCCAAAGUGACGUGUUUACCUGGGCAAACUCUGUACUUCUUAGCAACCUCUUUAGUUCACAAUAUCCAGGCUUUAUAACGGAUGGAAACUCAAAACUUGUUGGAAGUGCUCGUCUCCGUCAGAUUAGGGUGAGAACAGGUUCUUGUGAGAUUGCAAAGUCCAUGCAGAACUCGGUUCCUGACUGCAAUGCCCCAUACUCUUGGGAAAAUGAGGACAUGAGCUCAUACAGUCCAGGUUGGGACCAAUCUGGUUUUGUAAAUGGCUCUGAGGAAAUCAUCACAGCCUGGCAGUACCAAAGCCAGUCUGAGCUUAGAUCAUACCCCAUCUGGGGUAUGAUUGCUCUGUAUAGGGGAGGAGGCUAUUCAGUGGACCUUGGUUCUGACCAACAAAAUGCAAGCAGGAAGCUUCAAUAUUUAUUGAAAUCUACCUGGUUGGAUAAGUACACAAGGGCAGUUUUUGCAGAGUUUACAGUCUACAAUGCUAAUGUCAACCUAUUCUGCAUUGUUACACUGAUACUGGAGAGCACUGCAGUGGGUGCAUUUGAGUUUCGCAGUGUGGUGCAGAGUGUCCGUCUGUAUCAGUCCACGGGUGGCUUUCAGUCAUUCCUCAUGGCCUCCCAGGUCUUUUAUUUACUCUUCAUCAUCUACUAUAUGUUUUUGCAGGCUAAGCAGUUGAAGCGGCACAAAUGGGCAUAUUUCAAAAACAUGUGGAAUCUUUUAGACCUGGCCAUUAUCAUUUUAAGUUGGAGUGCAUUAUCUGUGUUCAUCAAGAGAACAGUGCAGGGAGACAAGGACAUUGCAUACUACCAGAAAAACAAAGAUCAGUUUCCCAGUUUCAAUGACACAGCCAUAGCAGAUGCUACUCUGGGAUAUCUCAUGGCAUUCUUGGUUCUGCUUGCCAGUGUAAAACUCUGGCAUUUGUUGAGACUCAACCCCAAACUACGCCUCAUCACCUCCUCACUGCAGCGGGCAUGGAACGAAUUAUCCAGCUUCACUGUGGUUAUCUUCAUUGUGUUCUUGGCCUAUGCGCUUACUUGCAAUCUAAUAUUUGGAGGGAAGCUGUACUCAUACAAAACUAUCCCUGAAGCUUUUUUGACAAUCUUCAGUUUGCAGCUUGGCAUAUUCAAUUACGAUGAGGUUGUGGAUUCUGAUCCUGUGCUUGCCGCUCUCAUCGUUACCACUUGUGUGGUCUUCAUUACAUUUGUCAUACUGACCCUCUUUGUCUCCGUCAUCCUUGAGGCCUUCAGUGAAGAACAGCAGAAUCGCCAGCCUUCUGAGGAAGAGGAAAUUGUCAACCUGAUAUUCAUGAAGAUCCUCAGUCUUUUCGGAAUCAAAUGCAAGAAGAGAGAAGCAGACGGCAAAGAAACUCAUCCUUCCGAAAGCACCACAUCGAUCUCAUAGAGAAACUGACUUAAUCCUGCUGUGUAUCACUUUGUCUUCACAUAUCUGCUUAGUCAGAACCAAAUC